AUGGACGCGUGUGCGGACAGCGGUCCGGCGAAGCGCGCGGAGAUCUACACGUACGAGGCCCCAUGGCCCGUCUACAGCAUGAACUGGAGCGUGCGCCCCGACAAGAAUUUCCGCCUCGCCGUCGGAAGCUUCAUAGAAGAUUACCGGAAUAAGGUGGAGAUAGUCCAGCUAGACGACAGCACAGGCGAGCUGAGGAGCGACCCGCGCCUGACGUUCGACCACCCGUACCCGCCCACAAAGCUCAUGUUCGUCCCGGGCCGCGACAAUGCCCGCCCGGACCUGCUCGCCACGUCCGGCGACUUCCUGCGGAUCUGGCAGAUCACGGACGACGGGGUGCGCAUGCGCAGUGUACUCAACAACAACAAGAACAGCGAGUUCUGUGCGCCGCUCACCUCCUUUGACUGGAACGAGUCCGAACCAAGGAGGCUCGGGACGUCCAGCAUCGACACAACGUGCACCAUAUGGGACAUGGAGAAGGAGGUGGUGGACACACAGCUCAUUGCUCACGACAAGGAGGUCUACGAUAUCGCCUGGGGGGGAGUUGGGCUCUUCGCAUCUGUCUCAGCUGACGGGUCGGUGAGAGUGUUUGAUCUGCGGGACAAGGAGCACAGCACCAUCAUCUACGAGAGCCCCCAGCCAGAGACCCCUCUGCUGCGCCUGGGGUGGAACAAGCAGGACCCGCGCUACAUGGCAACCAUUCUCAUGGACUCACCCAAAGUGGUCAUCCUCGAUAUAAGAUUCCCCACUUUGCCAGUGGCGGAGCUACAGCGCCACCAGGCAUGUGUGAAUGCAAUUGCAUGGGCACCACACAGUUCAUGCCACAUCUGUACUGCAGGAGAUGACUCCCAAGCUCUGAUCUGGGACCUGUCCACCAUGGCGCAGCCUGUGGAAGGAGGGUUGGACCCCAUUUUGGCCUACACUGCUGGCGCAGAGAUAAAUCAGCUACAGUGGUCAUCGCUGCAGUCAGACUGGGUUGCCAUAGCCUACGCAACAAAAUUGCAGAUCCUGAGAGUGUAA